GUCUAAAUAGUAAGGUCAGUGUCAUAUCUCGGUUAGUAGUGCAUGGAAAACAAAAUCCCCUUCGAACUACUUCCACCGUGAUUUCGGCAUUACGGGAUAUCCCGUGGUCUUCGUAUUCCACCGUAUUAAAGUGUGCAGAAUUGUUCAACAAUGGAUCAGACCAAACUAAAGGAACUCGGAAUUAAACUGUUUGAAAUCAAUGCAUUCAAAUUUGGCGAUUUUAAGAUGAAAGUCGGAAUCAAUUCACCGGUUUAUUUCGACCUUCGGGUUAUUGUCAGCUAUCCGGAUGUGAUGAACACCCUUUCCGAGUUGCUAACCGAGUUUAUCAAACUAAUUGAGGUCGAUACGGGUGCCCAUCUGUGCGGUGUACCGUACACAGCCCUCCCCAUUGCGACACUCAUUUCGAUCAAGGCCAAUAAACCCAUGCUGAUUCGGCGUAAAGAAGUUAAAACGUAUGGCACCAAAAAGAUGAUCGAGGGGAAGUUUAACGCUGGCGACAAGUGUCUAAUUAUCGAGGACGUGGUGACCUCUGGUUCCAGUAUUUUGGAUACAGUGAAUGAUUUACGAGCGGAGGGUCUCGCGGUGACCGAUGCCAUCGUGGUGGUGGACCGCGAACAGGGCGGAGCCCGUAAUACCGAGGAAGACGGAGUCAAAAUGCACUCGCUAUUCACCCUGUCCUAUCUGUUGAACGUUCUGCGAGAAGCCGGUCUUAUUGAAGAAAGCACGGUGCAGUCGGUUGCCAAAUACAUAAAAGGGGCUCAGAUUCGGAGCGACGGAUCGUUCGUGGAGAACGGUGGCAAAGUGAUUAACGAGCUGAGCCGUGUGGGUAUGACUUUCGAGGCACGUGCUGAUUUGGCCAAAUGUUCGCUCAGUAAAGAAUUGAUGAAACUGAUUUCAAUUAAGAAGAGUACACUGUGCCUGGCGGCCGAUCUCACCAGCUCGGAGGAAAUUCUGAAGUUGGUAGAGAAAGUCGGACCUUAUAUUUGCCUUCUAAAGACCCACGUGGACAUAGUGGAAGAUUUUAACGACAACUUUGUGAAAUCUCUUCAAUCACUAGCCAAGAAGCACAAUUUUAUUAUAAUGGAAGAUCGUAAGUUCGCUGACAUCGGUAAUACAGUAGCGCUUCAGUAUGCCAGCGGACUGUACAAAAUUUCAAGUUGGGCUGACCUUGUCACAGUUCAUGCCAUUCCCGGGCAGGGUAUUUUAAAGGGUCUGAAAGCAGCGCUGAAUGACCCUACACAACAGAGAGGUGUCUUUCUUUUAGCAGAAAUGAGCUCUCAGGGCAGUUUGGCUACAUCGCAAUACAGCGCUGCUACGAUGAAAAUGGCAACGGAAACUGACGUUGAUUUUGUGGCCGGUAUUGUUUGUCAAAGUGCGGAUCUGGUAACUUUCCCGGGACUAUUGCAAUUGACGCCGGGCGUCAAAAUUGAGGAGGGGGUUGAUGGACUAGGGCAAAAGUACGAUAGUCCCGAGCACGUGGUCAAGGAAAAAGGAGCGGAUGUCUGCGUUGUUGGAAGAGGUAUCCUGAACGCAAAGAAUCAGGCUGACACGGCCAAACUGUACAGAGAUAGACUCUGGGCGGCCUACUGCGAGCGGGUUGGGAUUAGUGAGUGACGUAGUCCUCAUCCUAUCGCCCAUCUGAUAGUAAGUAUUACCUUAGGUGAAUCUGAUUGAGUCAACUAGCUAUCUGACUGUUGAAAAGACUCUAUAUUUUGAAAAUCAUUCCUGGUUUAGGUUGUAGAAAUUGUAAUCAAUGAACGGCAUUGAAAAUAUAUCUUUCUAUUAUAUAAGACCAUAA